AUCUGCAGCAGGGCAUCAUCCAGGAGUUUGCUGUGAGCGACAAGGGAGGGCUCUCUUGCCUCUCGCUGAGGCAAGGCCUGCAUUCCCUUUGGAAGUCCAGGCAAUGUGGAACUCCAGUGAAGGUGGAGAAGUGCUCCUACAGCAGCUCUCAGCCGAGCUGCGGCCACACUCACCCAGAGGACUUUAAAUGCCCAUGCCCCUGGUCGGGCAUUGACAGCCUAUCUAAUGAAAUCAUCUGCAAAUCAAGGCCAAAAGGUGUCACUCAAAGCCGUGCUGUCUCAGACUGUAGCAACUGGUACUUGCAACUCCUGACCAUGGGCAGUGUGGCUAGUCCAAAUAGGGCCCGAAUCACAUUUCAUCCUCACUUGGGAGCACAGACAUACAUCCAGUCUGGACCCACGGGAGAUGGGGCGGGUGCCCACCCAGAGCGGGAGGGCCAGGGCGAGGACCGGUCGCAGCACGUCGCCGGGGAGGAGGGCGGCCGCCCGGCCCGCUUGCCUCUCCGGGACAGGGAAGAAAAGUAUAAGCAGCGGCUGCGACGUCCGUCCCCCGUAUCCCGCCCCUCCAGCCCUGAUUCCAGUCCCGACCUUCGCCCGCCGGCAGCUGGGGACCUAGGGCGGGGAGAAGGGGGAAGCCAGAAGCACCUGCCUGCUGCUCCCUGGCCUCAGCCCUGCCCCGGGGACAGCGAAGGCGUUCCGGCGAACCCCACCCACACCCUCGCUGGUGCGGUGAGGCCCCGCACGACCUGCCGACUCGGGGAGCCCCAACUUCCUCCUCCCGGACCCCCCAUCACGAGUUCCCGCAGCGCCCGGCUCAGAGCCAGGAUAGCAGAGAACACGAACCCACCUCAGGCUCCGGGCGCCACCGCCGUUGCCAGGCUGCUGGGCUACCCGGCCCUGCUCCGCCCCCUCCGCGGCCCGCCCCGCCUCCGUGGCCUCCCAGCCCCCUGCCACCGCCUGCCGCCCGCCUCCCCGCCCCGGUUGGCGAGGCUCUGCCACGUGGUGUGGGCGGGGCGGGCGGAAGGUUCUGGGCGUCACGCGCGGGCACGGGCACCCGCCGACGACUCGGGACAGCGGCGGCGCGCACGCUCGGUUGGCGGAGCCUCCGCCGGCCCCGGAAGCAGCGGAGCCGCCCAUGGCCGGGCAGGGAGCGCGGGACCGGAGGCCGGGGGCCGGCGGGGCGCGGGCGCGGCUCCCGGGCACGCGCCCUGGAGCUGGGCCCUGGCGGGGCUGUGGCUGGCAGCGACCCUGGGCUGCGUCCAGGGCUCGGGCGGCCGCGCGCGGCGCCACUGGCCCGUGCCCUACAAACGUUUUUCCUUCCGUCCAGAGCCAGAUCCUUAUUGUCAAGCUAAGUACACCUUCUGUCCCACUGGCUCACCCUUCCCAGUUAUGAAGGGCAAUGAUGUCGUUGAAGUCUUUCGACUCCAAGCGCCAGUUUGGGAAUUUAAAUAUGGAGACCUCCUAGGACACUUGAAAACUAUGCAUGAUGCAGUCGGAUUCAGAAGUACAUUAACUGGCAGGAACUACACCAUGGAAUGGUAUGAGCUUUUCCAGCUUGGCAACUGUACGUUUCCCCACCUCCGACCUGAACUGAAUGCCCCUUUCUGGUGCAAUCAAGGAGCUGCCUGCUUUUUUGAAGGAAUUGAUGAUAACCACUGGAAGGAAAAUGGGACAUUAGCUCUAGUAGCAACCAUAUCAGGAAACACCUUUAACAAGAUGGCAAAUUGGGUGAAACAGGAUAAUGAAACAGGGAUUUAUUAUGAGACGUGGACUGUCCAAGCCAGCCCAGGAAAAGGGAUGGAGACAUGGUUUGAGUCCUAUGACUGUUCAAAAUUUGUAUUAAGGACAUAUGAGAAGUUGGCUGAACUUGGAGCAGAGUUCAAGAAGAUAGAAACUAAUUAUACAAGAAUAUUUCUUUACAGUGGAGAACCUACUUAUUUGGGAAAUGAAACCUCUAUUUUUGGGCCAACAGGAAACAAGACUCUUGCUUUAGAUAUAAAAAAAUUUUAUUACCCCUUCAAACCACAUUUGUCAACUAAAGAAUUUCUAUGGAGUCUCCUGCAAAUCUUUGACUCAGUGAUUAUGCACAGACAAUUCUACUUGUUUUAUAAUUUUGAAUACUGGUUUUUACCUAUGAAAUUCCCUUUUAUUAAAAUAACAUAUGAAGAAAUCCCGUUACCUAACAGACACAAAACGCUUCCUGAUUUAUAAAAACCUUAAUUCUAUUUCUUUCUCCCACCACCCGCACCUCAGUUUUUCAGGGGGUAAUUGUGAAUUUUUGGAUUUCUUAGCCUUUCUUCCCUUAGUUUCUUGCCUCUAAAAUGACUGUUGUAAAGAUUGAAGUCAUGUAUGUUCAUCAUAGGAAAAUCACAGGGAAUGCACAGUAACAUAUCAGGACUGUAAUAAUUAAUCAGAGAACGAAGGGUCACUCUUGAUCUUGCCUAAUGCACAUUAUAGGCCGACCUUUCCUGGGUUGUAAUCAGCUAGACUUUGAGCUGACAGUGUAUGCUUCAGUGGUUCCUCAACUAUCUGGGGCAUAGAAGUGCCUAGCUGCAGUCAUGGCUGGGAGAACAGGUACUUCUGACUCCCACCCUGCUUCCAGUAGCUCUAAUGCAGCCAGUGCAGUGGAAGAGGGUGCACCUCCCAGAGAGGACAGGUUUUUGUCAGGGUCCUGCAUUUUAUGACAAGUGGAACAUGUUUUUCCUCUUCAUGGAAAACACCAGUAAGAUGAUGGAGUGGAGAUCAGAGAAAACAAUCUAUUUAAUAUGUAAAUGGACCAAUUAUUCACUUGUAGCUAAUACUUGAGUGCUUCCUAAGAGGUUAGUACAUUAUCAUUGAGCUUUCACAAAGAGCCUAAUCAGGUAUUGUUUACCUGAUCCAAAUGAGUAAAUUGGGGCUUAGCAAGGUUAAGUGACCUUUCCACAGCUACCCAGCUAGUAGUAAUGGACUCAGAUUUUUAUCUCAGGUUCUGCUGACUCAAUCGGAUGCACAGUAUGUUUUUUGGAGCCACUGAAAUUGUGGUCCUUGGACCAGUGCCUGUCUGCUAAAUAUUACCUAUCUACAAGAAAUACAGAUAUUGAUAGGAAGCAUUUAGAACUUUUAAAGCAUUUUGUUGAGUAAUGUGUUUCUGUUGAAUCUAAUAAAUACUGGGGCUUGUAUUUUGUCUUUAUUUCAUUUGUCUAACAAUUCAUUUUUAUUCUGUUUUUCAAAAGUGUAGGCCCCACAACAUCCUAAAAUAAAAACCAAGUGACACGGAUAGCUUGAGCACUGCAAUACACCAUUCUGCCGCCUGCACAGGGGUAAAGUCAUCCUGAAGUACAUGAAGAACUUUCUACCUACCGCUGCCUCCUGCUCAGCUCAUCUGCUUACAUUAAUGGUGCCUAAGCCAUUGUUAAUGGUGCCUCUAACCUACUGUCUUAGAGUAUGUCACAAGACAACUGGGUCUUUACAUUAGCACCACCUAGUGGCUAAACUUGCACAACAUGAACUUCUAACUCUGGGAAGUUACUCUGGAGUUCUAGAAUGCAUUGAAGUGACAAGCCAAGUUUCUUGUACUAAGUUUGUGUCAACUGCAAAUCACAGAGCUUGGCUCCAUACUAAAGAUAAGUGAGGACAUCUGUACAUGGCAGUUGGCUUUUAAAACAAGAUUCUAAUAGAAUUUAAAAGCAUUCAAGAUUUUUCAUUGUUCUUAAAAUAUCAAAUGAAAUUCUGUGAAAGUAUUAUAUAGCUUCAGGUGGCUGCAGCAUUUACAGACCUGUCAAGCUCAGAAGAUGAAGUAGAAGUUGGAAGCAGGUGUCACUCAAGUGGUAGAACACCUGCCUAGCAAGUGCAAGACCCUGAGUACAAACCCUAGCACUGCAAAGGGAAAGAGAUGAUUCAAGAACAUGCUUUCCAAGGGAGUUGGGAAACAAGCAUGGGCAGGAAUCUGCUAAUUAAAUUUUGCUGCUCUUAGUGUAACUUAUUAAUGUAUAAAUUUUCCUCUAAGAGAACUGUUAUUGUGGAGUUUGAAUAUUAGGGCUUUAGAAUAAAUACAUCCUCACCAGGCACCGUGGCUCGUGCCUGUAAUCCUAGCUACCUGGGAGGGUGAAAUUGAGGAUCACAGUUCAAGGCCAGCCCUGGCAAAUA